UCUCAGUCUCCAAGAAGCUCAUCAGCAACAACCAAAACUCUCAGAUUCAAAAUCUCCUCUCUUUGCUAAUCUUCCCUCAACCUCAUGGCUCGUACCAAGCAAACGGCGAGAAAAUCCACCGGAGGAAAGGCACCAAGGAAGCAGCUCGCGACCAAGGCGGCGAGGAAAUCAGCUCCGGCCACCGGAGGAGUGAAGAAGCCGCACAGAUUCCGUCCCGGGACGGUGGCACUGAGAGAGAUCAGGAAGUACCAGAAGAGCACCGAGCUCCUGAUCCGCAAGCUCCCGUUCCAGCGUCUGGUCCGCGAGAUCGCGCAGGAUUUCAAGACGGAUCUGCGUUUCCAGAGCAGCGCCGUCGCGGCGCUCCAGGAGGCGGCGGAAGCGUACCUCGUCGGGCUCUUCGAGGACACGAACCUUUGCGCGAUUCACGCGAAGAGGGUCACGAUCAUGCCUAAGGAUAUCCAGCUCGCGAGGAGGAUCAGAGGCGAGAGAGCUUAAGGAAGAUCGAAGCGUUUUUGAUUUUGCUUUUGUAGUCAAGUUUGUUGAUUAGGUUUGCGUGUAUGUUGUUCGAUGAAUUGCCUCAAUGAAUCAGUUUUAUCAUAUUCUA